AUGGUCCAUAAACCUGAUCCAAGCCAGUACGUGGCUUUUCUUCAGACCUUGUAUCCAUACAAACAGUCCUUGGCUCGUCUCGAGGCGCCUGAGUCGCCCAGAGCGUUGGUUAACCAUUCUGCCUUGUACAGACAGUAUAUGGAGCUACCGAGUCCAGGAGUGGGGCAUAUGGAGCCAGAGGACUUUGAGUGCUUCAUGAGGGAGAUCUUGAAGAGACGAGAUUUUGUGAAGCCGAGUUUCGUGGCGUCUCUGGGUUCUGGGUACUACCUGCCUUCACUGAUACUCAGAGGGUAUAAGGAACAGAUGGAGCAGAGGGAAGCGCAUGUUAAAAUGUGCUGGAAGGUGAUUGGCGACUUGAAGGAGGCUGGGAUACCUAUUUCUGUGGAAGAGCAGAACCAGUUGAUCUACUUGGGCUUUUUCAGGGACAGAAAGGACGUUUUGGAUGAGGUUGAAGCUGCCCAGCGAAAGAAGCUGUAUUUGGAUACGGCUAUUGGAGAAAGUGCUGGAGAGAAGAAGGGGGGUGAUCUUCUGCCGAAAUUGUUUACCUGGGAAGCGUACAAGCUGCUUAAAGAGUCGCUUCCACAGCCUAUACCGUUGAGUUCGAUAAAUGUGCUUUUAUUGACUGCGUUUCGAAACGAGAACAAACAGGCCGUGGAAGACGUCAAGGAGCUACUUAAUUUGGAUAAAAAGCAUUCUGGCAAAAUUGACCCGGAUCGGGAAACUUUCCAAAGGUUGAUCUACGGAUAUGCUGAUUAUGGCGAUACAGAUACAGCUUUGGAGUAUAGUGCCCUUUUGGCAGACCAGUUUCCUGAAUUUUUGGACGUGGAGAACCUCAACUGCAUUGUCUACGCCUUGGUGAAGGCAGGAGCCCCCGAAAGUGCAGAGAAAGUCGUCCAGGCAGUUGUUUCAGUCUUGGACAGACCACUUGAAGCUGAAGAAGGGUACAUUAAACGGUUGACGCCAGAAGAUAAGAAACUCUACGCUUUGGCUGUGGAAGAAGCUGUUCAAAAAGGUACCCACAAGAUCUUUCCCACAGAAAUAACCUUCCUUCCACUACUUGACUACUAUUCAUCUUCAGGUACUGACUUUUCCACUAUACGGCUGCUUCUACAAGUCAUGGAGCACAAGUGCCAUCUUCCGCUAAGCACCCGAGUGUUCCUCAAAGUGUUUGAGUCCUUCCAGCACGGAACCCAUACUUUGGAAGACGCCAAAGAUACUAUUGCCAUGGUAAUAGGGCUCCAUGACGCCUACCAUGAAAUCAGCACAGAUUUAAGACUCAAAGAUAAACUCGACAGGCUCCAUAUGCAUCCAGAAGUGGAGAGUUUGCUUCAUCAAACGAUCACGCCAGACUCAGGCAGUUUACCGCUUGAACAAGGCGCAUUUCUCAAGCUUCUGGACCGGCUAGUUCUGGCGAUAUACGAUGCUGUUAUCCUGGUGAUACGCAAGAGUGAACCAGAGUCUGCCUUGAAGAUAGGCGACCAUCGAGCCGAGUUAUUUGAAGCACUUGCGGUAUCCAAAGCCAAUGCUUCCAAGGCCUCCGUAGACGGACCCUCUACGGCCGAGCUCUACCAGCGGGACGAGCUCAACUAUAUCAAAAAAGGGUACCUCAUCGACCUCAUGGACCGGAUUAGCUAG